AUGAAUAAUAAAUUGGUAACUUCGAUAUACAGACGAGAUGAAGCGAUAGGCCGGGGCAACUUUGGUGUCGUAUACAAGGGGGUGAAUCUAGAAACGAACCAAGUCGUCGCCAUUAAAGUAUUGAAUCUAGAUACAGCCCAAGAUGACGUAUUGGACGUGCAACACGAGAUCACGAUGCUGGCCAGACUAUCUCAGCAUGAAGGGGCUAAUAUUACCAAAUACUUUGGGUCAUAUCUCCAUGGCACAAGACUGUGGAUUAUCAUGGAUCUUUGUGCUGGUGGAUCAGUAAGAACCCUUCUGAAAGCUGGCAAAAUAGAAGAAAAGUACACUGCUGUUAUAGUUAGAGAGCUUGUACAGGCUCUUUCAUACAUCCACAAGGAAGGGGUCAUUCACCGUGACAUUAAAGCGGCUAAUGUUCUAAUUACCAAAGAAGGUAAAGUAAGACUAUGUGAUUUUGGAGUAGCAGCCCAGGUUACGGCCACUAAGCUGAAGAGGUCUACUAUAGUUGGUACCCCUUAUUGGAUGGCUCCAGAGGUGAUUACUGAAGGUGCUCUUUAUAAUUCAAAGGCUGAUAUUUGGUCUUUGGGUAUUACUAUUUAUGAAAUUGCCACUGGAAACCCGCCGUAUUCGGACCAGGAAGCAUUCAGAGCAAUCGCUUUGAUUCCUCGUCAGAAACCAGCGCGUUUAGAGGGUCCUCAGUACUCAGCUGCUUUGAAAGAGUUUGUGGCAAUGUGUUUAGAUGAACAGCCUCAAGCACGUAUGUCAGCGGAAGAGCUCAUGAAACUCAAGUUUUUGAAAUCAUGUAAAAACACGCCAACGGCCAUAUUACGGGAUCUGGUAUCUCGGUAUAUGGUAUGGAAAGAACGACAUCUCAAUGUUCGUGAUUCAAUAGCUAUUUUGAACAACAAACCUAUUUCGGAGAACGGAGAGGAUGAUUUGGAUGAUGCAGAUGGUGAUGUUGCCAGUAGUAUUGAUAGUGAAGAUACGGUAUGGGAUUUUGACAUAGAUCCUUCCAGUGACUUUACUAAUGUCAUGGGAGGUGGUAUGAAUGACGGUUUUGUAGGCAAUAAUGGGUAUCCUAUAAAUACUUUGGUAGACUUUCCGUCAUCAUUACAACAAGUAGCUAAUGGGACUGCAGUUGCAAGUGCGAUAUCCCACAAUACUACUCAACCUUUACCGCAAGCACAAUCUCAGUACAAUACUGUGCUUCCUCAUCCGAAUUCAUUCCACCAUACAGUUACUACUGGUAAUGGUGGUGUUGGUCUCACACAUACUGCAUCUACCACUUUACUGGAGUACUCAACGGGAACGGUAGGACUAGGACUUUCGGACAAUUUAAACCCUGCGAUUAGUUCACCUUCGUAUCCUUCAUCACAACUGCACUCCAGAGAGUCAACAAUUAGAGGAGGAAUGCCUGCUCCGCAAUCUAUGGUUCCACCUGUUCCGGUAAUUGAUGGACCUCAAUCUCUUAUGGAGCUGUUUGAAGAUGCCUCGGUUACCCAAUCUAAUCCACUACCACCGCCUCCGCUCAUGGAACAAGGUGGAAUAUAUGCCUCGCCACCCCAGGGAAUGCUUACUUCGCAGGCAACUACGCCGACGGUAGAGAUUGAAAUUCCGACCUUUGAAGCUAUUACUGCUUCUGCUACUGCUUUCGUAUCUAAUAACUUCAACAGCGGUAGUAGUGGUGUUGGUGGUAAUGGAUCAUUGUCGUCUCCAGUUGUAGCUUCCCAACAGCAAUUACCUCCAUUACAACAAUCGUUGAGCCAACCCAGUCAAAUGUCAACGGGUACUGCGUUAACUAGAAAUGUUCCUCCACCACUUCCAAUUAUUCCUCCUCCAUCACUCUCUGAACUAGAUGCUAAUCUUCAGCCUGCAAUGCUUUCAGCAGGCUCUUCAUCAACCAAUUCUUCGGUGGUGACAUCUCCUCCAGUAAUGCUUCAUAAUCAGUUGCAUGCUGCUCACUCUCUUUCAAAUGGCUCAUCUCCUGUUUCCACAACGUCAGUACCAACGGCUGUGAAUUCUGUUCCUCCAGUUCCACCCGUGACAGCACCACCACCGCCUCCCAUAAUCGCCCCUUCACCAUUACAACAAACCCCAAUACCAUCAUUACCGCCUCCAACUCCUUCAUCAGCCACCCAUCCGAAUGUCAUAGCAAUGCCGUCUUCUGUCCAUAGCAAAGCUACCACUGGCCUGCAGCAGCAACAACAACCAACACAGAUGAUCCCGCCUCAAUUAUCUUCACACAGACGUACUCCAUCUCCGAAAAGAAUGACUGCUAAAGCACCUUCAGCUACCCAGAUGACAGCUGCAGUGCCUCCUUCUCCACCUAGAGAGCGGGACCCUAUGACUUCAUCUCUUCCGUCACUGCCUGCUCAGCCACAGCAACAUCAGGCAUUUUCGUCAUCCAGUCCCCAACUUCCUCUUAGUUCAUCUUCACGUAAACCUUCCUUGCCGACGCUCCCUGCACAUUCACGACCGAAGUUAAAAGCUGUACAGAGUGUAGAUGCUGUGACAAUGAGCGAGUCUGCUGGUCAUCUUCAACAGACUGCUACUGCGACGGCAAUAUCACCAAUUGCUACGAGUUCUCAGACUCCGCAAAUGGUCCCGGUUUCAGGAGCCGUAAGAGGCCCUACAUCGGGCUCCAAAAACCAUUCUGCUCCCAGUUUGUUAAGGCAAUCUUCACAAUCGAUUCGAGGAAGACAAAAUGGCCACAAUCUCCGGAUUGCCAUGCCUCCUCCUUCUGCUCAGUUUUCUUCCUUCCAGCAGCAACAGCAGCAACAGCAGCAACAGCAGCAGCAGCAGCAAGCCCAGCAGCAAGCCCAGCAGCUAUCACAGCAACAAGUCUUGCUUAAAGCUACAGGUGGACUUCAGGCACCUUCUGCACCCCCAGCAUUCUCAUCAGCAUCGUUACCACUGCUCUCUCAGUCACCUCCUAUAAACACAGGUCCUGGCCAGCCCACCAGUGCAUCCUCUACAAAUUCCACCACCUCAUCUGUUUCGGCUAAUGACGACACUUUAGAAGAUAUUGCGUCUGGCUACCAACUUCAGUUUCCACCAAUCCCUAAACUAGACAUGUCGGUACUGCUAGACUCGACACCAAAACGAGAGCUCAUCAACCAACUCGACGAUCUCCUUUUGUCGCUCACCAAUGGUUUGGAGUGUCUUAGCCUCUCCCUCGAGGGGCACUAG